CUGUUCGGGUUUAUAAGAAGCACUGCAAGGAAUUCUAUACCUGCUUACACCGUUUGAUUCUUAUAAUUGGAAUGCGAACGAUUUUUUUUCUGUCUUCAUAUUCUCUCCAUGACAAAUGCUUCUUUUUUUAGUGGAGAAGGAACGGAAAUCGGGUCUUGCAGAACAAUGAGACGGCAAGUACUGUUGUUUCUCUCAGCCCUAUGUCUCAAAUACGUGCUCGGGCAGGUCAGCUACUCCAUUCCCGAAGAAAUGGCCAAAGGCUCUGUAGUUGGAAACAUAGCUCAUGAUUUAGGUUUAGAUCUUAAAAGGUUGAAAUCAGGUAACGCUCGCGUUUACACGGGCGGCGGUGUAGAAUACAUCGGGCUGAAUAAAGAAAGGGGGGUCCUGCUUGUCGAGCAGCGGAUAGACAGAGAGGCUUUAUGCGGAGAGACGACGCCUUGUGCCUUACAUUUCCAGUUAAUUUUGGAAAAUCCAAUGGAACUGUUUCGGGUAACAGUGGAGAUUACGGACAUAAAUGAUAAUACCCCCACGUUUACCAAUUCAGAAAAACGUUUCGAAAUUAGCGAGUCCGCUGUGAUAGGAUCGAAAUUCGUGUUAGAGAAAGCAGUAGAUUCCGACAUAGGCAUGAAUGGUUUACAACAGUACUCACUUGCUCCAAGUGAUCAUUUUGUAUUAAAACUAGAAAGUCAGCCAGACGGAACUAAAAAGGUGGAAAUGGUUCUACAGAAGCCUUUAGACCGAGAAAAGAAGGAUUAUUUGUCCCUGCUGUUAACUGCCAUGGAUGGAGGAGAGCCGCAGAUGUCAGGGACAAUGCAGAUAUUUGUCACUGUAUUAGAUGUGAAUGAUAAUGCACCGACAUUUGCCAAACCGUUAUAUAGAGCAAAACUGCAGGAAAAUUCUCCUAAAGGCACCAGUGUUACAACUGUAAGUGCAUCUGAUAAAGACAUCGGUUCAAACGGAAAAUUAUCAUAUCUGAUAUCUACAAGCAAACGUGUUCUAUCUGAACUGUUUAAUAUCAAUCCAAAGACUGGUGAAAUUAUCCUAGUCGGGGAAAUAGAUUAUGAAAAAGCAAACUCUUAUCAAAUUGAUAUUGAAGUUGUAGACAGCGGUGGGCUCUCUGAUUCAGCGAAAGUGAUAGUUGAUCUCAUUGAUGUAAAUGACAAUAGUCCUCAAAUAAACAUCGUUUCUAAAUCAGAGUCCAUAUCAGAGAACUCACCAACAAAUACUGUAAUUGCUAUGUUAAGCAUAAACGAUCCAGAUUCCGAGAAUAACGGGAAUGUUGUGUGUGAUAUAAAUGAUAGCAUUCCCUUCAAAAUACAGACUACUGUAAAUGGGUUUUAUACCCUAGUUAUGGAGUUUUUACUAAGAACCAACUAG